CUCUCUCUCUACAAUGAAAGAGCGCAACACUACACCAAAUGGCAACUGCAAGCAACUAAAAGAUCAACACAAAAAAGGAACAGAAACCAAAAUAAACAUUACCGUCUACCUAAAUACCAAUCCAAUAGGCAAUAGAUAAGAACAAUCUAAUCUACUUGCUUCCAUCAAACUCUUCCCUCAAAUCCCAAAACCCACACCGAUCAAACUCUACAGCAACAUUUACUCUCAACGCAACUCCAACAAUGGACAAACCCAUUUACAUGAAUCGCUUUCGUUACCAUUUUUCCAUCACCAAAUUUGUCUUCUGGACCUGCAUUUUCCUUGGCCUUAUCCUCCUCUUCUUCCUUCACUCCCCUCAUUCUUCUUCUUCCACCUCUGAUUCCUCCCCCCGCCGAAUUCUCGCCGAUCCUGAUUGGGAAACCCGGGUCAUCAAAUCCGGAAAGCCCAGGUCUCGAGCCGGCGGCCACAGAGUUCUUGUCACUGGGGCUGCUGGAUUCGUCGGCACCCAUGUCUGCGCUGCAUUGCGCCGCCGGGGGGACGGCGUAGUAGGCCUUGACAACUUUAAUGCCUAUUAUGACCCUUCCUUGAAACAAGCCCGUCGCUCCCUCUUGGAACGCGCAGACGUAUUUGUUGUCAAUGGGGACAUCAAUGACCCUACUCUGUUAAAGAAGCUCUUUGAAUUAGUCCAAUUCACUCACGUAAUGCACCUUGCAGCCCAGGCAGGAGUCCGUUACGCGAUGAAAAACCCCUCAUCAUAUGUUCACAGCAAUAUUGCUGGGUUUGUUAAUCUACUAGAAGUCUGCAAGUCGGCGAAUCCCCAGCCUGCAAUUGUGUGGGCGUCUUCCAGCUCUGUCUAUGGUCUCAAUACUAAAAUCCCCUUUUCGGAAAAAGAUCGAACAGAUCAACCGUCGAGUCUAUAUGCUGCUACCAAGAAGGCUGGUGAGGAAAUUGCACACACUUAUAAUCAUAUCUACGGUUUAUCAAUCACUGGUUUGCGGUUUUUCACUGUUUAUGGUCCCUGGGGGCGACCGGAUAUGGCUUAUUUCUCUUUUACAAAGGAUAUAUUGAAAAGAAAGCCAAUAACCAUUUUUGAGGGGCCUCAUCAUUUCUCAGUGGCAAGGGAUUUUACCUACAUUGAUGAUAUAGUGAAGGGUUGCUUGGGUGCAUUGGAUACUGCAAAAAAGAGCACAGGGAGUGGUGGGAUUAAGAAGGGACCUGCCCAAUUGAGAGUGUUUAACCUUGGAAAUACUUCACCUGUACCGGUUAGCAAGCUUGUGAAUAUAUUGGAGAAGCUGUUGAAGGUCAAGGCCAAGAAAAUUGUGCUGCCAAUGCCUGCAAAUGGUGAUGUGUUGUUUACUCAUGCGAAUAUCAGCUUGGCGCAGAGGGAGCUUGGGUAUAAGCCAACCACUGAUUUGCAAACGGGGUUGAAGAAAUUUGUGCGUUGGUAUCUGGAUUACUACACACCAACAGGGAAGAAAAGUAAUGUGUAAAUGUUCCUGCUUUUUAUGGAUCUGUGAUAGGAUCAUUUGAAUCUAUAUUUGAUUUGAUUCUUAUGAUAUCUCACUUUAUUGUUCAUUUAGCUAUACAGUGCCGUGACAAUAGGGUUAAUUAUUGAACCACCGUAGAGGAAUUUCGUGGAUGAUAUGCAUGCUUUUAGAGAAUUCCUGAAGUGUAAUUUGAGACCAUAAGUUUCUUCGUUGUUUAGAUCACUGUUCUUUAAUUCUUAAUUUUUUUCAUUAGAAUGUUAUUGAUACUUCAGUUUUUGUCUAUGAUGAACUACAUUAUUAUCAUUGUCAAUCAGAAUUAUAAGUGAGCAUCUUAUUUUGGGGGUUU